AUGACCAACUCCAAACCCUCCGAUCCAACCUUCCGCUUUUACACCAGCGACCAAGCCAAACGCUACGCCGAGGCUCGCCCGUCCUACCCGCCACAGCUAUACGACAUCAUCCUCCGGCACCACGCCUCCACGGGCGGACGGUUCGACGUCCUGGUCGACGUCGGGUGCGGGCCGGGGAAGGCAACGCGCGAUCUGGCGGCGUCGUUCGCGCACGCCAUCGGGCUCGAUGCCGGCGAGGAGAUGAUCGCGACGGCGCGCCGGUUGGGCGGCGUGACGGCCUCGGGAGAGCCUGUCAGGUUCCAGGUUUCGGAGGCGGAGAGGAUCGCUGAUACGGUGGAGAGGAUUGAGCAGGGGGGUGUUGACUUGCUUACUGUGGCCACGGCGAGACAUGUUGACGUUGAAUCGAUUCAGGCGCACUGGUUCUCCAUGCCUGAGUUCUGGGACCAGGCAGCCCGACUCGUCAGGCCCGGAGGAACGGUGGCCCUGUGGACGUGCUCGUCGCUUUACUGCCACCCAUCCACGCCCAAUGCUGCCGCCGUCCAGCAGGCCCUGGGCCAUCUAGAAAAGGACUUCCUCGAGCCGUACAUGCUCCCCCCGAAUCGCCUGACGCGGGACAUGUACGACCAUCUGCCCUUGCCGUGGAACGUCGAUCCGCCCGUGCCGGCGUUCCCGGAGUCGGAGUUCGUGCGCCACGAGUGGAAUCGGGACGGCGUCUUGACGGACGGAGAGGACUUCUUCUGCGGCUCCCGCGAGGUUAGUCUGGAGGUGCUCGAAAGGGUGCUGGGGACGGGUAGCAUGGUGACGAGAUGGCGAGACGCGCAUCCCGAGCUCGCCCACACGGACGAGGACUGCGUCGUCAAGACCAUCCGGCGUGUUCGCGAGGCUCUGGGUCCUGAGUCCGGCGACAAGAUCAGGGCGGGUGUGGCAACUGUUAUACUGCUGUUUAAACGGAGAUGA